AUGGAUACCUAUCGUCCUUUUCUUCACAACUCUUAUCAGCAAGGAGACAUCAUCAUUGGUGGAAUAACGUCUCAGGUGUACUCUGUGGCUGACACAGUUUCCUUCCGAGAGCACCCCACUGUGGAGCUGACUGAAAAUCCUAUUGCUGUGCUAAAGAAUUACCAACAUGCCCUGGCCUUGGAGUUUGCUGUAAAGGAAAUCAAUCAACAUCCCAAGAUCUUACCCAAUAUCACUUUGGGCUUCCAUAUCUAUGAUAGCUUCGAUAAUGCAAGAACUACCCAUGAGAGCACUCUGAGAAUGCUCUCCACACGGCAUAGAUUUAUUCCCAACUACAGUUGUGGCAUCCAAAGCAAUCUGAUAUCGAUCAUUGGUGGACUUAGCUCUCAAACCUCCUUUUAUAUGUCUACCAUCUUAGGUAUCUACAAGAUUCCACAGCUGACUUAUGGUUCAUUUAUAUCAAUGCUGAAUGAAAAAAGAGAAUUCUCUUCCCUCUACUGGAUGAUCCCAAAUGAAACCCAUCAAUAUAAGGGGAUUGCCAGCCUACUGCAGCAUUUCAGAUGGACGUGGGUCGGGCUUGCUGCUCUGGAGGAUGACAAUGGGGAAACCUUUUUGCAGAUGUUAAUUUCAAUUAUUUCCCAGAAUAGCAUCUGUGUUGCCUUUGCACAAAGAAUCUUUCAGUCGAGUAAUAUAAUUGACUACACUAGCAUGAUAGAAAAGUGGUAUGAAGUAUACAUAGUUCUGAUUCCUAGCAAAGCCAAUGCAAUAGUUGUCCAUGGAGAUCCUCAAUGCAUGCUAUCACUGAGAUGGGUACUAUAUACAGGAGAAGUGGAAUCAUCCACAAAGACUCUUGGAAAGGUGUGGAUUGUGGCAGCCCAGUGGGAUUUCUCAUCUGUGACUUAUCAAAAGGGAUUAGAUAUACAAGUCUUCUAUGGGACCUUUGCUUUCCCAGUUCAAACCAAAGAGAUAUUAGGAUUCCGAUAUUUUCUCCAAAACAGGAAUCCAUCAGUGACACAAGGAGACGGUUUCAUCCAGCACUUCUGGCAGCAAGCAUUUGAGUGUUCAUUUCCAAAUUCUGAUGCAGGUACAACAGGUGAAAAAAUGUGCACUUUGGAGGAGAAGCUGGAGAGUCUUCCUGGGCCCCUAUUUGAAAUGAGCAUGACUAGCCACAGCUAUAGUAUCUACAAUGCUGCCUAUGCUGUGGCACAUGCUUUACAUGCCAUGGAUGCAUCCAGAGCCAUGCACAGGGUCAUGCCAAAUGAAGGGAGGCUGCACUCAUGGCAGCUCCACCCCUUUUUAAGGAGCAUCUCAUUCAACAACAGUGCUGGAGACACAGUCUCUUUUGACGAAAAUGGAGAAUUAACAACUGGGUUUGAUAUUACCAACCUGGUUACUUUUCCAAAUAAUUCCUUUGCUAGACUAAAGGUUGGGAGGCUGAAUCCUCAGGCUCCUGCUGGCAAAGACUUUACCAUUAAAGAUGACAAAAUCUUCUGGCAUAGAAGUUUUAACCAGGUGUUGCCCCUUUCUUUGUGUAAUGAGAACUGCCUUCCGGGUUUCAGAAGGAAAAAGAAGGAAGGGGAGCCAUUUUGCUGUUAUGAUUGUUAUCCAUGUCCAGAAGGGGAGAUUUCAAGUCAAAAUGACAUGGAUUUCUGCAUCAAAUGUCCAGAAGAUCACUAUCCAAACAUGGACCAAGAUAAAUGUGUCCUCAAAGUUGUCACCUACCUAUCUUACAAAGACAUUUUGGGUGCAAGUCUUGCUUUUUCCUCCAUUGCUCUCUGUCUGGUUACAACACUGAUACUGAGAAUGUUUGUUAAACACCGGAACACUCCCAUAGUCAAAGCUAACAACCGGAAUCUCACCUUCACUCUCCUCAUCUCCCUCCUGCUCUGCUUCCUUUGUCCAUUGCUGUUUAUUGGCCAACCACAGAAGAUGACCUGCCAUCUUCGGCAAACUGCUUUUGGCAUUGCCUUCUCAGUGGCCCUCUCCUGUGUAUUGGCAAAAACCAUCAUUGUGGUCCUCGCUUUCAUGGCCACUAAGCCAGGGAGCUGGGUGAGGAAAUGGGUGGGGAAAAGACUGACCUACACCAUCAUCUUUAGCUGUUCCUUUAUACAAUUGGGCAUUUCUGCUCUGUGGCUUGGCACCUCUCCUCCAUUCCCACAUUUGGACUUGCACUCCCUUUCAGAAGAAAUCAUAAUGGAAUGCAAUGAAGGUUCCAUCCUCAUGUUUUACAUUGCCUUGGGCUACUUGGGAUUUCUGGCCAUCCUGAGCUUCAUUGUGGCUUUCUUGGCCAGGAAGUUGCCAGACACUUUCAACGAAGCCAAGUUCAUUACCUUCAGCAUGUUGGUGUUUUGCUGCGUCUGGCUGACUUUUGUCCCAACCUACCUGAGUACAAAAGGAAAGUAUAUGGUGGCUGUGGAGAUCUUCUCCAUCUUGGCAUCCUCCACUGGGUUACUAUGUUGUAUCUUCUUCCCAAAAUGCUACAUUAUUAUACUGAGACGUGAAAUGAAUACUAGGGAGAGGCUUACAACAAGAAGGAUUGUGUGA